GGAAGCGCUCGCUCGGGCUGCGCUCCCUGGAGUCGCCGACUUGCGCUCAGAACCCCGGCGACCGCGCGGCCAUGGCCGGGUCGCGGCAGAUCGGCACCUUCGCGGUGUGGGACUACGUGGUGUUCGCCGUCAUGCUGCUCAUCUCGGCCGUCAUCGGCAUUUUCUACGCCUUCUGGGGGCGCAGCCAGCAGACCUCCAAGGAAUUCCUGACGGGCGGCGGCAGAAUGAGCGCCGUGCCCGUGGCGAUGUCCCUCACCGCCAGCUUCAUGUCCGCCGUCACCGUCCUGGGCACCCCCACCGAGGUGUACCGUUUCGGGGCCGUCUUCAGCCUCUUCGGCCUCACCUACCUCCUCGUGGUGGUCAUCAGCGCGGAGGUCUACCUCCCGGUGUUCUACAGGCUGGGAAUUACCAGCACCUACGAGUAUUUAGAACUUCGAUUUAACAAAUAUGUUCGUCUCUGUGGAACAAUCAUCUACAUUAUUCAAACAGUUCUAUAUACUGGAAUUGUUAUUUAUGCCCCUGCCCUGGCUUUGAAUCAAGUCACAGGAUUUGAUCUGUGGGGUGCGGUGGUGGCCACAGGGGUGGUCUGCACGUUUUACUGUACACUGGGUGGUCUUAAGGCGGUUAUCUGGACGGAUGUUUUCCAAGUCGGGAUCAUGCUGGCAGGGUUUCUGUGUGUGAUCAUACAAGCCUCAGUGGUUCAAGGUGGGAUCAGCACUAUCGUAAACGAUGCCUAUAAUGGUGGAAGAUUAAACUUUUGGAAUUUUGACCCCAACCCUUUGCAAAGACACACGUUCUGGACAAUUGUGAUAGGAGGGACCUUCACAUGGGGCAGUCUUUAUGCUGUCAACCAGUCCCAAGUGCAGAGAUACAUUUCCUGCAAAAGCAGAUUCCAGGCAAAACUGUCUCUCUACAUCAACCUGCUGGGGCUCUGGGUCAUCCUCGCCUGCGCCGUGCUCUGUGGGCUGGCCCUCUAUUCCAGGUACCAAGACUGCGAUCCCUGGACGAACAAGGAGGUGUCUGCACCAGACCAGCUCAUGCCGUAUUUGGUACUGGACAUCCUGCAAGAUUAUCCAGGACUUCCUGGGCUUUUUGUGGCCUGUGCUUACAGUGGGACGUUAAGCACAGUGUCCUCUAGUAUUAAUGCCUUAGCAGCCGUAACUGUGGAAGAUCUGGUCAAACCACACUUGAGAUCAGUUUCAGAAAGGUCUCUGUCUUGGAUUUCCCAAGGAAUGAGUGUGCUGUUUGGAGUCCUGUGUAUUGCAAUGGCUGCUCUGGCAUCACUAAUGGGGGCUGUGUUGCAGGCAGCACUCAGCAUAAUUGGCAUGAUCGGUGGACCACUUCUGGGCCUGUUCUCUUUGGGCAUUUUGGUUCCCUUUGCCAACUCAACUGGAGCGUUUAUUGGUCUGUUGGCUGGAUUUGGUGCUUCUUUCUGGGUCGGCAUUGGAGCUCAGCUGUACCCCCCACUUCCUGAGAGAUCCAUGCCGCUUCCCCUGGAAACCAGCGGCUGCAGUAAUAGCACAGGCAAUGGGACAAACUGGAUGUCCACUACAGAAAUGCCGUUUUCUACUAGUGCUUUUCAAGUACACAAUGUCGAAAGGACUCCACUCAUGGAUAACUGGUAUUCUUUAUCGUAUCUGUACUUCAGCACCCUUGGAACUUUGGUAACGUUACUCGUGGGGAUGCUCAUCAGUUUAUUAACAGGAGGAAGAAAACAAAACUUAGACGGGAAAUUUCUAUUAACUAAAGAGGACGUUUUAUUAAAUUUUGACUUUUUAAAGAAAAAGGAGCAUGUUUUAAGCUAUAAAUCUCAUCCAGUAGAAGAUGGCGGAACUGAUAAUCCUGCUUUCAACCACAUUGAAUUGAACUUCACAGAUCAAAGUGGCAGGACCAAUGGGACUCAUUUGUGAAACCACUGUGAUACUAGAUGACCCUACACAGUGACCCAGUUUUCUGUGUUUUCUUAGAUAAUCCAAUCAGGGUUAGGCAUUUUUUGGUUCUGUCAUGAGUGUUUUGGAGGAGGAAACCUUUGGGGGAUAAAAUUUUGUUAAAGUCAAGUCCCGCCUUUCCUCAUUUACUACACUCAUUAAUGAUGCUGCUCUGGAAUUCAGAGUGCGUGUCGGCGUUGCCACAUCUCACUGCUUUAUUUCCAUGAAGCUGUCGUUGUGAAAGUCAUGACUCCCUAUGUGCCAAAAGGAUAAUACACACACAUACACACAUAUUUGAUGGUCAAAAGCAUAUUCUUAAAUUCAGACAUUAGAAAUACUUUCCACACUUUUGGUGCUAACAUAUAAGUUUUGGAGGUUUGCCAAAAUCAUACCAGAUAUUGAAAUUAUGCAACAGGUCUGUGUUGUGUAUAUCUCUGCUUCUUAUUGACCACGGUCAGCCCAGGGCACACAUUAGCCUUGAAACCAAUUCUGGCUCAGGAAGGUAGUGAUCAAGAAGCAUGCUGUUUGGGACAGAAUAUGGGUCCAAUUAGCAUGGUCUUCUUGGUGCCAAGCAUCUAUUCUGUGCCUUUUUGCUUGUUAGCUAGAGUUCCUGGCCACUGGCUGCUUGCAUUGCCUUUCUUAGACCCUGGGUCUUAUCUGCACUCCCAGUUUCUUUCAUAUCAGCAUUGGUUUUCUUGUGCACUUUACCUUUGCUUGCCUUCCUAAUUUCCUGGUUCACUAAGUCCCAGCCUAUAAAUUAUAAACACCCAUGAGCCAGCCUAGUACUAAGUACCUUCAGCAUAGGUACUCGUGGAUUUGGUGAUUCAAGGACAUUCACAUGAUUAAAAAUGGUUAAGCUCCUUGAAGUUCCUUCCCCUUGAUGAUUACAAUGAAUGCUGUUAAGUUGAAUUUUUGAAUGUCAACUACUUUGUAAUCAACUAAAUUUAAUGAUACAUAUGCUUAGAAAUCCUGAAUUCUAGUGUAUUCUCCCAAUUAAAGAGCUAAAUUACAUAGGCAAACACUAAUGUUCUGGAAUUACUAGAUGUAUGCUUUGUUCCAUGUUUUAACAUUUCAAGUAGGAGUCUUGAAGUUUAUUUUGUUUAUUUUGCUACAUUUAUAGCUAAGAAUUUGGUAAAUACUAAGGCUUUCAUCAAUAACUUUUUUUCCUAUAGUGCCCACAUUAGAUAUUAUUUAAAGGUGUUUUUUUUAGCUUUGCAAUGUUUUAAAAUAAUUUCAGAAAUAUUUAUGUACAUUAAUCUAUUUUAUGUUUUUGCUUUUUUCUGAUAUUUAGGUAAGCAUGCUCAUUUAUGGUUGCUAAUUGAAAGCAUUAAGAAAUAAAAGAAUAGGAAGCAAUAUUUAUCUAAAACAGAGGGAUUUAUAUAACACUUAAAUAAUAAUGUAUUCAUAUAUUUUAUAUGUGUAUAGAUGUUAUUUUUAAAUCAGUAUAUUU